AGGUCUGACUGUCUGAGUGUCAAGUGUAGAAAAAGGACAAAGUUCUGUGCGGAGCGUAAUCCAUUAAAAAGAAUUAGUGUAGCGGCUGCAUUUAUGUUGAGAACUUGAGAUUUGUGAGCUGCUCAGCAAAAUGGGAUGGCAGAUGGCAGGCAACAGAAUGAGAUGAGAUCCGCAAUGGAGACGGCGGCGUUGUUGAAGUCAAAAUCCGAAAGCUUAAGCUUAGCCUUCACAGAGUCCGCGAACGGAGAGCUAGCUCCCUUGGACAUGUCGUCCCCGCCUCCUUCAGACAUCUCCCCCGGCACACACCCGAGGAGAUCUCCCAGGUUCACCGCUCUCAAUGCCACCGUGCCACGUGUUCGAAUGCGGAGGCUCACACAUGCGGCUGAACUCCGGCGCUCUUCCAGGCUCAACGAGGUCGCCGUUGGGGGCUGCAAAAAGAGAAAGCCGGGGUCUCAUUCUCAAUCUCAAUCUCAUGCUCGCCUUCUUAAGCAGCAAAGAUCUAGGGGUCCACAAUUACUAUCGAUUGCUGACAGGAAGGACCAGAAAUCAGUUUUGGAUGGAAAAUGCAUUCAGGAAAAGAGCUGUAGGAGAUCUCCAAGGUUGACACCAACUUCUCAUUCUGAAUCAUCAAAGGCAAAGGACAAACUUGGAGCUGCAUCAAGCAAUAAGGAAUUCGUCAAGCUUUUCAAACAGUGUCAUGCGAAGCCAUUGAGGCAGUCUCCAAGAUUAAAUCCAUCUGGAGAGGCAUGUCUGCAACUGCAAGACGUGAAAAUGUCUGGUGGAAACCUUAAGAAAUCUCCAAUACUUCCAUCUUCAAGUGGCAGUGAAAACAUGGACGUCAUUUCGUUUCCAAAAAAAGAAAUUUCUGAAGUAGUUCACCAAAAGGACAAGGACACCGAACUUCCGAUUGAAUUUAAUUCUGAUUCACUAGUUAAACAGAAUUCUGAAGUUAAAACCAUCACAAGAAUCUCUCUUGAAAUUGAUGAUACAGAUUGCUUGAGAAGUUCCUCAGAGGUGGUGGAAAAUGGCAGAAUGGGUCCUGAUUCCCUUGCCUUGCUAGAGUUUGAUGACAGCCCACCAAGAAAGAAAAAUAAAAAAGUGGCUUCUACAACGAUUGAAAUAAUGGACCAUAAAAGAAUUCCUUCAUUUGUUGGCAAUCCAAUACCAGAUGAUGAAGCUCAGAAAAGAUGGGGAUGGCGUUACGAAUUGAAGAACCAAAAUAAAGGCCAAAAGUUCAAAAUGAACGAGGAUGAAGAAGACGAGAUCAUUGUAAAUGUGAAAUGCCACUAUGCUCAAGCAGAAAUUGGUAAUUGCAUUUUCAGUCUUGGUGAUUGUGCAAUUAUAAAAGGUGACAGAGAAGAAAAUCAUGUUGGCAAGAUUAUUGAAUUUUUCCAAACAACUGAUGAUCAAGAUUAUUUUAGAGUCCAAUGGUUUUACAGAGUUCAAGAUACAGUAAUCCAAGAUGAAGGCAGCUUCCAUGACAAGAGGCGUUUAUUCUAUUCAUCAAUAAUGAAUGACAACUUAAUAGACUGCAUUAUAGCAAAAGCUAAUGUAACAAUUGUAACACCUAGGAUUGAUCGGAGGUCGAUUUCUGUUUCACCAUCUGACUUCUAUUACGAUAUGGAAUAUUGUGUGGAAUAUUCUACAUUCCGCAACAUACCAGCAGAGGCCUUGGCAGUUACCAAAAGUCCACCCGAAUCUGAGUCGCGGAAGACAGAAUUAUUACUACUAGAUCUUUAUUCUGGCUGUGGUGGCAUGUCAACUGGAUUGUGCUUGGGUGCCAAAGUUUCAUCAGUUAACCUUGUGACGAGAUGGGCUGUUGAUAGCAACAAGUAUGCAACUGAAAGCUUGAAACUAAACCAUCCAGAUACAUAUGUGAGAAAUGAAUUGGCUGAGGAUUUUCUGGAACUUUUGAAGGAAUGGGAAAAGCUAUGCAAACGGUUUAAAGGAAAUGAUACAGAAAGGAUAUUACCAUUACGGUCAAAAGGCUCAGAAGGAGUAAAGAAACAAGUAGAUUCUUUAGCUCAUGAUCUUCCUGCUGAUGAAUAUGAAGUUUCUAGGAUAGUUGAUAUAUGCUAUGGUGAUCCCAAUGAAACAGGGAAAUGUAAUCUAUAUUUGAAGGUGCGUUGGAGGGGUCACAGUGAAAGUGAGGAUACAUGGGAACCACUUGAAAACUUAAGUAAUUGUAAGGAAAGCAUACAGGAAUUUGUGAGAAAAGGGAUGAUCUCCAAAAUCUUGCCUCUUCCUGGUGAAGUUGAUGUUAUUUGUGGGGGCCCUCCUUGCCAAGGAGUUAGUGGAUAUAAUCGCUUUAGAAAUGUUGCUUCACCAUUGGAUGAUGAAAGAAAUCGUCAGAUUGUAGUUUUCAUGGAUAUAGUAAAGUAUUUGAAGCCUAAGUAUGUUUUAAUGGAAAAUGUGGUUGACAUAUUGAAAUUUGACAACGGCUCACUUGGAAGAUACGCAUUGAGUCGUUUGGUACAUAUGAAUUACCAAGCAAGAUUGGGAAUGGUUGCUGCUGGAUGUUAUGGUCUUCCACAAUUCCGGUUGCGUGUUUUCUUGUGGGGUGCUCAUCCCAGUGAGGUUCUACCUCAAUUUCCAUUGCCGUCACAUGAUGUCAUUGUUAGCUAUUGGCCUCCAACAGAGUUUGAGCGCAAUACUGUUGCUUAUGAUGAAGGCCAACCUCGUGAACUUGAGAAAGCUAUUGUUCUUCAAGAUGCAAUCUCUGAUCUUCCUGCUGUGACAAACCGCGAAACUUGUGAAGAAAUGCCAUACAGAAAUCCUCCAGAAACAGAAUUUCAGAGAUAUAUAAGGUCAACUAAAUAUGAGAUGACUGGGUCAACAUUGAAUGGAACAACGGAGGAAGGUUUACUAUAUGAUCACCGACCCUAUAUUUUGGGGGAAGAUGACUACCUACGUGUUUGUCAAAUUCCAAAACGGAAGGGAGCAAAUUUCCGUGAUCUUCCGGGUUUAGUUGUAAUUGACAAUGUGGUUAGGCGGCAUCCAACUGAGAGUCCACCACUACUACCAUCUGGAAAGCCCUUGGUUCCAGAUUAUGCCUUUACUUUCGAACAAGGGAGAUCUAAGAGGCCAUUUGGACGGUUGUGGUGGGAUGAGACAGUUCCUACGGCACUGACCUUCCCAAGUUGCCAUAAUACGAAAAUACUACAUCCAGAGCAGGACCGAGUCCUAAGUAUACGAGAAUUUGCUAGGCUGCAGGGUUUUCCUGAUUAUUAUAGAUUUUGCGGGAAUGUUAAACAGAGGUACCGGCAAAUUGGGAAUGCGGUUGCUGUUCCUGUUGGAAGGGCUUUAGGAUAUGCUCUUGGAAUGGCAUAUAUGAAGAAGCUCAGUGGAAAUGAGGCACUUAUGACCCUUCCUCCCAAGUUUUCUCUCUCCAAUUAUCUUCAGUUAUCAUCAAAGGAUCAACUCGGCAAAACUGACACUGACUAGCAUUCAUCCUUCUGUAGUUCUGUUACUAUUUUUCUUCUUCAUUGAUUGGUUUCCCGUAAUUGAGCGGCAUGCUGCCAUUGCCAUUGAUAUUUAAAACUCCUUGCUCAGCAAUCUUUGUUUGUAUGAUAUAUCGGCAAAUUCACUUGAGUUGGCUACAUAGUAGAUUCUCAUUAAUUUUGCAUAGCUGAUGAGCUAUUUGUUAAGUAACUUUAUUCAGGAUGUAACCUGAGGUCAUUAAUAGUAACUUUUUCUUUUGUAGUAGUAAAAUAAAUCUAAUCUCAUGUAAGUAGACACGCGAUAAUAGAUUUGUGAGACAAAUCACGAGUGUUAUGUAUUUUAUCUACUCGACUUUCAUUGGUAACCCGUAACCAGCACUGUUUAUUUUAUUCUUUUAAUAUAUUAUUUUCUUCCCAGAGCAUGCUCUUCGGGUGCUUGGUAUAUGUGUGAAGUGGAGUAUACAUAUUUCUCAUGUUGUGUACCAGGGGUGGGCAUGACCCGGCCCGGUCCGAAGACCCGACCCGGCUCCGAACAUAUUAGGGACUAAUUUGGUGUGAUUUCACCGGGUCUAGAGUCGGGUAAGGGUCUCAAAAAUAGACCCGGUUAUUAUUUCGGGUCGGGUUCGAGCCAUGACUUGAGUCACCCGAAUCGGCCCGGUUGUCUGGUU